AAAAAAACAGCAAACGUUAACGCGGAUGUCAAACGCUUCGAUUAACCAAAAAGUUCAGAAUUCUUUUCACGUCCGCUUUUCCAGAUUCAUACUUCGCUCGUCUACCUUUCGGUAUUGCCGACCGCUGAAUCGACUAGCUGUCCGUUUAUACCUUCAAUCUCUCAAUACUCUCUCUCUCAUCACAUCUGUAGCAUCGAUUCAAUGAUUGUUGGAUUGUUCUCGAAUGUCGAGAAGGAAUCCUUAGUGUUCUGUUGUAAUUCUUGAGUUUCUCGCAAAAUUUUCAUAGUUGUGUCCUAAGCUGUAUAUGGAAUACGAGCCGUUCGAUAGCAGUGGUGAGUCAAAGAUUGGAGAUUCAGUUUAUUACUGAUCAAUGGGAUUUUCGAAUUAGCAUUCUCUUGAUAAGCUUGUGUUUAGUUCGAUGAACUGGUUAGGUCUUCAGUUCGCGAGUUUUUUUCUCAAAAACGGUGUGAAAGCUUUAUUCAUACUCCAUUGUUACUUUUGCCCGUUUCUCAUUCAUUAAGGUACAGAUGACGAUCUUCCUUCAUCGCAUCAAAAUAGGAUUCCUAGAGGUGGCCGCAUUGCCAUUAAUGGUAUAUCAGCUGUCGGAGGCUCUGUCGCUUAUGCAAGGCCAAAUGGAGAAACUGAUAUGGAGAGUCUAAUUCACCAGCUGGAGCAAAAGGCAUACAGUUCUGUUCUAAGAGCCUUUAAAGCUCAAGCAGAUGCAAUUACUUGGGAUAAGGAAAGUUUGAUAACUGAACUUAGAAAAGAGUUGAGAUUGUCAAAUGAAGAGCACAGGGAGCUUCUUGGCAGAGUAAAUUCUGAUGAUGUCAUCCGAAGAAUAAGGGAGUGGAGACAAUCUGGUGGCAAUCAACAAGGAAUACUUAGUACAGACCCACAACCAGGCAUUCAUAGUACUGUCCAAGUUGUCCAACAAGCUAUUCAUGAUCUAGCCCCCAGUCCUGUGUCCGCUUCUCGGAAGAAACAGAAAGUUGCAUCAUCUCUACCGUCUCAAUCCUUUGGUGGACCAUCACCUGGUUUUUACGCAGCAGCAGUAACUAUAUCUAAUCAACCUUCUUCAACGGUUGCCAAGAGAGGGCCUAUGAUGGGGUCCAAGGGAAAAAAACAGAAACCUGGUCUAGUAAUGCCAGGUGCAACUAAGACACAAUAUCCUCCCUCUGGUCCUUCUGGAAGAGGACAAUUUGGUAAUAGAAUUUCUAAACCAACCGAAGGAGCUUCGUUUGAUCCAUUAAUUGGUAGGAAAGUGAGGACCAGAUGGCCUGAUGACAAUAAUUUUUAUGAGGCUGUCAUUACUGAUUGUAAUCCAGUUCAGGGACUCCAUGCUCUUGUUUAUGACAUUGGCACUGCAAAUGAGACUUGGGAAUGGGUGAACCUCUCAGAGAUUUCUCCUGAGGAUAUUCAAUGGGACAAUGAUGCAGGAGACCAAGGAGUAAAUAGAGCUAUUGGUCGUGUUAGUGCCCCAACAGGUGUUGGCAGAGGAAGGGGGCUGACUAAAGCUCAGCCCGCAAAGGAUUUUCCACCGCCACAGAACGGUGUAGCGAAGAAAGUAUCAAACUAUAUUCAGUUACUUCACACUGAUACAUUAAUUAAAGAGGUUGAGAGGAUAUUUGGUGCCUACCAUCCUGAUCCUGUAGAAAUUGGGAAGGUCAAAAACGUGCUGAAGGAGCAUGAGCAAUCACUUAUAGAUGCUAUUUCAAGACUUGGUGAUAUUUCUGAUGGUGAAAGUGAUGAAUGCCGCCAUUUCAUGCACGGACAUCCGAUGGAGGCAGAGUGACAUGUUAAAAGGCUAAUAAUAGGUGGUAGAAGCAGCUUGCAUUAUGAGAGUCAUACUAUUAGUCAGAUGAUGUUCAUAAUUUGUUUAAGCUUCAGAACGUAGGUUAUAACAUGUGGCUAUGGUUGUGUUUAUUCAUUUUAAUUUGUAAAAAGAAAAAAGCAUCAUCAUAGAUUUUAACUUGUUAGUUGUUACCAUGCAUGUACAGUCUUUUUGUUGUUGGCAAUUAAUUUUUUAAUGCAUUAGUCGUUU